AUGAAUAUGAUUCAAAGCAUUGGAAAUUUAUUAGUUUUAAAUAUAAAUAGCAACGACAUUUCAGUCUUGUCCACAGCAUUUGAUUUAAAUUCUGAUAUGUUGAAAACAGAAAUUAAUCUUCUUAAACAUACAGAUAAUAUACCGAAAGGCGAGAAGAAUAAAUGUGGUGAUUGGAUAAAUUGGCUGACACAAUCCAACUGUGGAAGGGAAACUAUAUUUUGUAAUGUUAUUAAAGCAUUGAAAACAUUUAUGAUUAUACCAGUAACGAGCUGUGCUUGCGAGCGUUCAUUUUCUAAACUGAGUAUUGUGAAAACCAAGCUACGCAGCACCAUGACACAGGAUUCAUUGAGCAAGAACUUGCUUAUAAUAUAA